AUGAUAGCUGUUAUAUUAAACAUUGCUAUAUUAACAUUUUUGCAACAUGGUACUAGUUACCAACAACCGGGCAUAAAUUGUUAUCACAAUUUGACUCAUGCAAAUACCCCAUAUCAGAAUAUUAAACAAAAUGGAGGGCCUUUAAAAAGAAUUUUAAGAGCCAUACCACAAGGAUCGGACAAUUCUUUACAUGGUACAACUACUCAGGUGGAAGGUGAAUUAGAAGGCAUUAAUCCUGAAACACAUACAUUAUUGCCAGAAUAUUCUUUUCCUAUUAUUAAUGAAAUUAUUCGUCGAGAAUAUUUAUCACAGAAUAAUACUAAUAUCGGCAAUAACGAGGCUAUCAUAAUAAAUUUGUUAACGAAUCUCGCUAAUGCUCAUGCCAAUAAUAAUGAUAAUGCUUUUAAUAAUGAUAAUGCUUUUAAUAAUGAUACUGCUUUUAAUAAUGAUAUUGCUUUUAAUAAUGAUACUGCUUUUAAUAAUGAUAUUGCUUUUAAUAAUGAUACUCCUUUUAAUAAUGAUAUUGCUUUUAAUAAUGAUACUGCUUUUAAUAAUGAUAUUGCUUUUAAUAAUGAUACUGCUUUUAAUAAUCAAAAUUUAAAUACAAUCCCUUAUUUAGAUUCUGAUUUUAUAAUGGAUCGUUUAAAUUUAAUUUAUAGUAUGGAUGAACUUUGUGAAUCCACUGUUAAUAACAUGCUCUCACAAUAUAAUAUUCUUUCAGACGAAUUUGAACUAACUCAAGAAGAAAGACUUGCUAUAUGGAAUCAAUCUUUUAGAACAAAAUUAGAAAGUGUGCUUAAUAUAGUUGUGCCGUCUUUAAUAAAUUAUAAUAUGUCUACACCUUCCAUAGAAGCUUAUAUUUUAGCCAUCGUUGAGCGCGCAAAAAUCGAAUUUCAACUUUUUUUAAAUUCAGCUAGAAUAAAUUUGGGAGCUUUGAAAAACUCCAAUAAUUCAUAUCAAUCCCCACCGAUAGAGGUAUAA